AUGUUCCUGGACCAGAAGGCGAUGGUCGAGGUAAGCGCCCUGGAGGGCCUGGCCUUUUUCGAUUGUGAGCUGUUUCAUCCCCGGCGGGAGCUGCGCCCCAACUGGACGACGCCCAGCGCGUCCCUUCUGGUGUCGCUAUUUCCAGAGGAGAGCUUGGAAGCAGCGGUUUGUGCAGUGCACCACGCCAUCCUUUGCGCUGAUGAGGUCGGUGGGCAAAGCGCCAAAGAGAUCGUCUUGGAGGAAGGAUCACCUGUGCGCCGGGCCUUAAGUGAUCUGGUUUCUUCACCAGAGCUGUGCUAUUUGCAAUGGUAUGCUCGAGCAGAUGAAUACAAGGUCGGUGACACGCGUGACCCCAACAUGCAGUACGUGCACUAUGCCAAAUGCGUCAAGCUGACGUUUCAAGUUCAGCAAAUUGGUGUAGCGCCACACGCUUUCUUGUCUGUGUAGCAGCUCCGCAAAA